AUGACGUGCCGGGAGAGCGAGCGAACGCGCAGCCGGGAGAGCGGAGUCUCCUGCCUCCCGCCCCCAACCCCUCCAGCGCCUGCUCCUCCUCCGCUCCCCAUACACAGACACGCUCACACCCGCUCCCUCACUCGCACGCACAGACACACGCGCGCACACACGCUCCGCACACACGCUCCCUUCUCGCCCGCGCGCUCACACCCCUCGCGCCCUGCGCCCUUGCCGGGGCCGCGCCGCGCCGCAGCCGGACGCUCCUGCCCGGCUCCCUUGGCGACGCUGACAGCGCCGGCGGUGGCCGUGGAGGUGGGCACGACGGCUGCAUCCUGCCCUGCGGUCGCGGCCGGAGCCAGGACGCCCGCAGAACCUCUCGGCGCCGCUCUCCCAUGAGUCGGGGUCGCAGCAUCCCCCGCCAGCCGCUCGCCGCCUCCGGGAGCCGCGGGGCUUGUACACCGCAGCCCUUCCGGGACAGCAGCUGCGACUCCCACCCAAGUGCAGAUUUCGGGGCAGCUCUCUAGAAACUCGCUCUAAAGACGGAACCGCCACAGCACUCAAGCACACUCGCUGACCCCCAAAUUCGGGCGGAACUCGUUCCUCAAGCGUUCUCUUUUCUUCGGUGUUCCUGCCUUCGCGAGCCCGGAACCAAUUGUGGGGGCAAAGAGAGCAAUUUCUGGGCGACGACAGGCUGCGAGGUUUUUAGCCUCGGUUCGGGUACCUCAAAACGGCGAUGAGCGCAGCGGGUGCGGACAACCUUUCCUCGGCUUUCCCAAGGCGGUGUGAUGCUUCUUGCCCAGGGACUCCGGUACCCUUAAGUACCCUUACCUGCCCUUACGCUAAUUCUUGAGCCCACUGCGGAAGAGCGCAGCCCGGCAAGCCCGGGCCCUGAGCCUGGACCCUCCGCGGAGUCGGGCAUCGCCGCCGCCGCCGCCGCCGCUUCGCCUCCCAAGACGUCCCCGCCUCUUACACUCUCGGCCUCCGCUGGAGAGACCCCCAGCCCCACCAUUCAGCGCGCAAGAUACCCUCCAGAUAUGCCCUGCGUGCAAGCCCAGUAUAGCCCUUCACCUCCAGGUUCCAGUUAUGCAGCGCAGACGUACGGCUCCGAGUACGCCGCGGAGAUCAUGAACCCAGACUACACCAAGCUGACCAUGGACCUCGGCGGCACCGAGAUCACGGCCACAGCCACCACGUCCCUGCCCAGCUUCAGUACCUUCAUGGAGGGCUACUCGAGCAGCUACGAACUCAAGCCUUCCUGCCUGUACCAAAUGCAGCCGUCCGGGCCGCGGCCCCUGAUCAAGAUGGAGGAGGGGCGCUCGCACGGCUACCACCAUCACCACCAUCACCACCACCACCACCACCACCAUCACCAGCCGCAGCCUCAGCCUCAGCCGCCGCAGCAGCAGCCUUCCAUUCCUCCUGCCUCCGGACAGGAAGACGAGGUGCUGCCCAGCACUUCCAUGUACUUCAAGCAGUCCCCGCCGUCCACCCCCACCACGCCCGGCUUCCCCCAGCAGACCGGGGCGCUGUGGGACGACGCGCUGUCGUCCGCGUCCAGCUGCAUCGCGCCCGGGCCGCUGCUGGACCCGCCGAUGAAGGCGGUGCCCACAGUGGCCGGCCCGCGCUUCCCGCUCUUCCACUUCAAGCCCUCGCCGCCGCACCCGCCCGCGCCCAGCCCGGCCGGCGGUCACCACCUGGGCUACGACCCGACGGCCGCCGCUGCACUCAGCCUGCCUCUGGGGGCCGCGGCCGCCGCGGGCAGCCAGGCUGCCGCGCUCGAGGGCCACCCGUACGGGCUGCCGCUGGCCAAGAGGGCGGCCGCGCUGCCCUUCCCGCCGCUCGGCCUCACGGCCUCCCCUACUGCGUCCAGCCUGCUGGGCGAGAGUCCCAGCCUGCCGUCGCCUCCCAACAGGAGCUCGUCGUCGGGCGAGGGCACGUGCGCCGUGUGCGGGGACAACGCUGCCUGCCAACAUUAUGGCGUGCGCACCUGCGAGGGCUGCAAGGGCUUCUUCAAGAGAACAGUGCAGAAAAAUGCAAAAUAUGUUUGCCUCGCUAAUAAAAACUGCCCAGUAGACAAGAGACGUCGAAACCGAUGUCAGUACUGUCGAUUUCAGAAGUGUCUCAGUGUCGGAAUGGUUAAAGAAGUCGUGCGUACAGAUAGUCUGAAAGGGAGGAGAGGUCGGCUGCCUUCCAAACCAAAGAGCCCUUUACAGCAGGAACCUUCUCAACCCUCUCCACCUUCUCCUCCGAUCUGUAUGAUGAAUGCCCUUGUCCGAGCUUUAACAGACUCAACACCCAGAGAUCUUGAUUAUUCCAGAUACUGCCCUACCGACCAGGCCGCUGCGGGCACAGAUGCUGAACACGUGCAACAGUUCUACAACCUUCUGACGGCCUCCAUUGACGUAUCCAGAGGCUGGGCGGAGAAGAUUCCGGGAUUUACUGAUCUCCCCAAAGAAGAUCAGACGUUACUUAUAGAAUCAGCCUUUUUGGAGCUGUUUGUUCUCAGACUUUCCAUCAGGUCGAACACUGCUGAAGAUAAGUUUGUGUUCUGCAAUGGACUUGUCCUGCAUCGACUUCAGUGCCUUCGUGGAUUUGGAGAGUGGCUCGACUCCAUUAAAGACUUUUCCUUAAAUUUGCAGAGCCUGAACCUUGAUAUCCAAGCCUUAGCCUGCCUGUCAGCACUGAGCAUGAUCACAGAACGACAUGGGUUAAAAGAACCAAAGAGAGUGGAAGAGCUAUGCAACAAGAUCACAAGCAGCUUAAAAGACCACCAGAGUAAGGGACAGGCUAUGGAGCCCACCGAGUCCAAGGUCCGGGGCGCCCUGGCAGAACUGAGGAAAAUCUGCACCCUGGGCCUCCAGCGCAUCUUCUACCUGAAGCUGGAAGACUUGGUGUCUCCACCUUCCAUCAUCGACAAGCUCUUCCUGGACACCCUACCUUUCUAAGCAGGAGCGGCCUCAUCUGCGGACACCUGCUUGCUAAACAGCAAAGGGAUGGGUUUGGACACUACCAUUUGCUGUCCUUCUUAAAUGAAAGAGAAGCUCCUGUAGAAAGCAAAGACUUUUUUUUUUCUGGCACUUUUCCUUGCAACCUAAAGCCAGAAAACUUGCAGAGUAUUGUGUUGGGGUUGUGUUUUAUAUUUAGGCUUUGGUGGGUGGGGUGGGAGUGGGGUGUAGUUCAUGAAGGUUUUCUAAGAAAUUGCUAACAAAGCACUUUUGGACGAUGCUAUCCCAGCAGGAAAAAAAAAAAAGGAUAAUAUAACUGUUUUAAAAUUGUUUCUGGGGAAUACAAUUAUAGUUGGUCUGUAUUUAAAAACAAGAACAGCCAAGGGUUGUUCGCCAGGGUAGGAUGUGUCUUAAGAUUGAUCCCUUUAGAAUACAUUUCCUGUGUUGAGGGUAUGUAUGUGGUGCAAACAAGGCAGAAAUUCCCUUAAUUUCUUUCUUCCUUUGAUUUGUUUUAACUAAUGGUGAAAAUGGAAGAUUACCUACAAAUCAGACAUAGCAAAAUGAUAAUGGCUGUUCGCUUCCAUAUACAAGUGCAAUUCUUUAAAGUGCUGUCUUACUAAGUCUUGUUUAUUAACUCUCCUUUAUUUUAUAUGGAAAUAAAAAGGAGGCAGUCAUGUUAGCAAAUGACACGUGCUGAUUUUCCAAGUAGAGGCCUGGUUCACCUGCCCUGUAGAACCUUUGUGAGGUAUGGCCCAUCCAAGACAUUUAGGCCAUUCACGAUGGAACCAGAUUCUUGCCCUGGCUGUCCAGUUGUUCUGAUGGGGGAUCAGAUUAUAAAAUGGAUUAAUACAGUUGUUUUGGUUGUGUGGGAUCAGCACUGCCAGAGUUCCCUAAAUGCGUCUCAGUUGUCAUGAUUGAUAACAUCCGAUCAGAAGCCCCACGAGUGCUGAGUCAGUCAAGUAUUUGAUCCCCAUGUGAGAAUAUGCAAAUCAGUAGGCACUCGGUCAUACAGGGUAAGCACCAGGGAUAAUAAGGAUUUAUAUAUAUAUAUAUAUAUAAAAUUUAAAUUUUGUUAUUGGUUCAAGAGACAAUUUUGGAGAGCAAGCAAGUCUUUUAAAAAUAUAUAUAAAUGAAUGUGAGUACUAGAAAAGAUUAGUGGGCUGCGUUUCAACAUUCCGUGUUCGUACUCCCUUUUGUAUGUUUAUACUGUUAAUGCCAUAUUAUUAUAAGAUAAUUUGUUGCAUAGUGUCCUUAUUUGUAUAAACAUUUGUAUGCACGUUAUAUUGUAAUAGCUUUGCCUGUAUUUAUUGCAAGACCACCAGCUCCUAGAAGCUGAGUUACAGAGUAAUUAAAUGGGGUGUUCACAGUGACUUGGAUACACCAAUUAGAAAUUAAAUUAGCAAAUAUAUAUAUAAAUAUAGCAGGUUACAUAUAUAUAUUUAUAAUGUGUCUUUUUAUUAACCAUUUGUACAAUAAAUGUCACUUCCCAUGCCGUUAUUUUAUGGUUCAUUUGCAGUGACUUUUAAGGCAGUACUGUUUAGCACUUUGAUAUUAAAAUUUUGCUUAUGUUUUGCUAAAUUUGAAUGUUUGAAGAUUUUUAGGUCUAAAAGUCUUUAUAUUAUAUACUCUGUAUCAAGUCAAAAUAUCUUUGGCCAUUUUGCUAAGAAACAAACUUUGAAUGUCUAACUGAUGUCAUGGUAGUUUUUGUUAGCUUUAAAUCAUUUUUGCUUUAGUGUUUUUAAAGGAAAAAUAACAAAACUAUGCUGUUUAUAUUGUCAUUAAAUUAUACAAACAAAUGCCAAAUGAAUUGCCUAACUGCUGCAAAAUAUAACCCAGAUAGAAAAUCGUAUACUCUUUUUUCCAAGAGUCAUUCUGAUAUUUGAUCAUGUAUUAUGUUUGUGUGAGCUUUAUGAAAGAUUAUUAUUUUUAUAUCAAGAUUAUAGGACCUGGAAUGUUAGGAUUUUGAAAUGUUAGACUUGGAAGGGGCCUGACCUGUCAACUAGUCCAACCCCCUGAAAUCCAUAGAGGAGAAAACUGGAGCCCAUUGAUAGGUAAAGAGUUAACCAAGGUUGGAUACCUAGCAACAGAAUCAAGACUAAGACCUAAUUCACCUUUCCAUAGUCCUUUUUUUUUCUCAACUGACUGCAUCUUUAGGAAAACAGCUUUUUAAACAUAACCACUAAUAUUUACAUUUUACCUAAAGGUAACCAUGAGCAAAGUAAUACUUUUGCAUUAAUUUUCUGAGCUUAUAUGCAAACAUAAUAAACAUUAUUAAAUAUCAGGAAAGCUAACAUUUCAUACAAGAUAGCUUCAGACCAAAUUCAAAUUGAAUUUGAAUAAAUUAGAAAUACUGUGCAUACAUAACCUUCUUGUGCACCAUUAGUAUUUAGAAAGUUAAUCCUUGUUUUUGUCAUGUCUCUAAAGGAAAAGCAAAUCAAAACAAAACAGAAAACCCCAGAGCCCUAGAGAAAUGCUGUUACUUUUUCUUUUUUACACUUAUCAGAUUUAAGGAAAUGACUUUUUAGCUGUUGAAUCUUUUGGUUGGAAGGAAUGAAAAAGCUUAUUUAGUUAUAGGUCCAGACACUAGUGCUGAAAAAAAGAUUAUAGCCAGUAUUCUUCUGUCUUCCAUAGUUAUUACAACUAUGAGAGCCUCCCAAAUUAUCUAUCAAUUCAACUCUCUUAUUUUUGUCUUAAUGUUGACACACAAAUUUAUACAGAGUGGGUGACUACACUAGCUCAGAGAGGACUAGUAUUAAAGCAGGUGAUUCUUCCCCUUGUGGGAGAGCUCUCUCAGUGUGAACAUCGUCCUGUGGGCAGAAAUCAGGAAUCCACCAGCUGUUAAUGGAGAGUGCCUUGCUUUUAUUUCAUACCGCAGAGUUUUCCCAAGUUUCUCUGCUCCUCUAACAGCAUUGCUCUUUCGUGUGUGUUAACCUGUGGUUUGAAAGAAAUACUCUUGUACAUUAACAAUGUAAAUUUAAAUGAUUAAAUUAAAUUACAUUUUAUCAAUGGC